UCAUAACUAAUUUAACAGUUCAUUAAAAAUACUUGAACAAAAGCCAAGCGUCUAAGAAAUUCUUUAUCAGCGACGGUAUCAGUGCCGACCUUCAUCUUCGUGGACCGCUGGUAUGCCAUCUGCUUCCCACUGAAGUUCAAGACCGCAAUUCUGAUUAUCUGGUUGCUGUCUUUUUUGUUCAAUGCCUGGACAUCGACUGAAACUGAGAACCGAAAAAUGACAAAAAGCAAAUGUAAAAAUUCGACCAACAAAAAAUGACAAUUUAAAAAAUCAAUAUGGCCGUCGUUUUAGUUAAAAGUCUUACCAUGAUUCUAGCCUGUCACUUCUGUUUAUCUAUUAAUGAACUAUCGUUUAAUAAUGUAACAAUAUAUAAUUCCUAUGUAGAUAGUCCUGUAUAUAAUACAAUGUAUGAAGAAGAUAAAACUGUAGAUAUUAAUAUUGUAAAAAGAUCUAUUCAAAAUAAAACAGAAGAAAAACAGAAAAUAACCGAGGAAGACAUAAGCAUGAAAAUUAAUAAUGACACAGAGCUGGAUAAACUCGAUGCAACCACAGAAUUUGAUUACAAUUACACCUGUGUUGGUUUGUCUGAAUACUGUAAUAUGACAAAAGAGGAAUAUAUGGAAAUGUUAUACGAUUACAUAUUCCCACGACCUUAUGAAUGGGUACUUAUUGCCAUUCAUGCCGUAGUAUUCAUUAUAGGUCUUAUAGGAAAUGCAUUAGUCUGCAUAGCAGUGUAUAGAAAUCAUUCAAUGAGGACAGUGACUAAUUACUUUAUAGUGAAUUUGGCUCUGGCUGAUUUUAUGGUGAUUCUCAUUUGUUUGCCGCCGACGGUGCUGUGGGACGUGACGGAGACGUGGUUUUUUGGAACCGCGAUGUGCAGGAUUGUGCUGUAUUUUCAGUCUGUAUCAGUGACGGUCUCAGUGCUGACUCUUACCUUCAUCUCCGUGGACCGCUGGUAUGCCAUCUGCUUCCCUCUCAAGUUCAAGUCUACCACGGGAAGAGCCAAGACCGCGAUUCUUAUCAUCUGGUUGCUGUCUUUAUUGUUCAAUGUGCCGGAAUUUGUAGUGCUGCAAGUGGAAAAUAAGACGGACCUGCGAUUCAACGUGCAGCUCUUCAUGCAGUGCACUUCCACGUGGUCAGAAGAAAGCGAUCUACGGUGGCAUAUUGUUAAGGCUCUGUUUCUUUAUACGUUCCCUCUGUUUCUGAUGAUGAUAGCGUACUGCCAAAUCGUACGCGUCCUGUGGAGGUCGGACAACAUCCCUGGCCAUAUGGAGUCCCACAAGCUCUGCUCUACGCCUUCUGGACAGAAUAACUGGCUAACGGUGAACCGUCGCACAACGCCAUCUAUCCACGCAAAUGCAUCAACUGAGGGCCAGCUGCGCUCGCGCCGUAAAGCUGCUAAGAUGCUCGUCGCUGUCGUCAUCAUGUUUGCAGUUUGCUACUUCCCUGUGCAUCUGUUGUCUGUACUAAGGGUAGCCUACUCCGUCGAGCAGACCCAUGUGAUGACGUGUAUUGCUCUCAUCUCACACGUGCUCUGUUACGCCAACUCUGCCGUUAACCCUCUUAUAUACAACUUCAUGAGUGGGUUCCCUGGGUUUUCAGGCAAAUUCCGUCGCGAAUUCCACAGAUCCUAUUUCAAGUGCUUCUGCUGCUGUCACGGAUCCCCAUCGCCAAACCAAAACGGUACCUCCUUCGCACCAAUCGGAAGCUCCAGAGCCGGUACCACAAGGACCAUCGUUAAGAGACACGACUCGUGCGUCAGUUACAGGCUAACUCAUCUCUCGCCAUCAAAUCAUAAUAGUAUCAACAGGGAGUAUGUAAGAACAACAAACACGUCGUUCAUUGAACAGAUAAAUGGUAACCGACGGCCAAAAAUCAGAGACGACUCCAUAAGUGAAUCAGCAACUAGAUUUACUCUAACAACCGAUAUGGGUAAGGAUUGACAAUUAGGCAAGGAUAACUUCUACGUCUGCUACAACUCAGAUAUGAGGAAACGUAAUGAUGGUAUCGAAACUUAUAUAGCAAGAAGUACUAAUAGUAUACAUUGUAAACCUUAUUAUGAUUGUUUUAAGGGUGAAGGGCCUAGUGGGGCGAUAUGUGAACUUAAUCACAAGAA